AGUGUUUUGGUGUUCGGUGAUGGCGCGACCGCAUCAUAUCGCGUUUCUUCGAUUGUAACUUCAAUGUCGACGACAGCUGAGGCGCAGUCUGUGCGUGAGUCUAGCAGUAGCAAAAGUUUCGUUGAAAGUCAACUUUAAGCAGACAAUAGUGACGAUGAAGUGUGAUUGAGGAGGAUUUGUACAAGUUCUGGUGAAAGUUCAGUGUUUGACGAAGCAAAAGAAGAAUGAUCCACAACAACAAUAAUCAGAAUAAGUCAGUCAGUUAGUUAAAAGUAAAACAGCUACAUAGUAUGUGUUAAUUACGAGCUUAAGUGAAAUCUAAGAAUAAGAAGGAGGAAAUAAUCGAAACUGGAUGUGUACGAAAUGAAAAUGUACCCAGUGCAUAAAGCCCUAACAACGAAAAUAACAUGAAAGAAAAACGUCAAAAAGGGUUUGAAGAAAAUAUACAGUGGCAUGCUGGAAACUCUUGCUUUUGAAGCCAAUUAAGUGAAAUUUUUUACAAGUAAAUUAACCGAAAAUGGUUCAGUGCUAAUGCUAAGAAGACAAGGUUGUGGUUGCUCCAAACAGAAUAUUUUAUGUCUAUGCAUGACACGUGUGUUGCCUGAAAUGCUAGUGCAAUGAUAGUGUAAAGAAAUUUUCGACAAGGAUAAAUAAGAAGAAGCAACCUAUAUACAUAUAAAAGUGUUUUGUCAUACAUCUAGCAAACUGGGCUUUACCGAAGCUGUGGCAUGUUGCGUCGACUGAUAAGGGCAGUAAAAAACUUAAUAUUGACUUGGCAACGAAGUGCUUUUUAAGAUUUGCAGCAGCAUUAAUAAGUGCAAUAAUAAAACAAUUACAUAUUGAGCAAACCUACAGUUCAACUAAAAACUACGUGAUUUCUGGACAGAAUUGAAAGGAGGCUACUUUGUGUCAGCAGAAUCUACAAUUGCCUAUCUCCCUCGCCCUAUCACAGGCUGUCUGCCGUCAGUGCAACAUAGCUGGUAUUGUUUUUCUUGUUGUCUCUGUUGCGGUCACUGCAAAAAACUGCCAUCAAAGUGUAAUGAUAAUGUUAACAAUGUGGAAAAUUUUUAUUGCAUUUACAUUGGUGAUGGUGACACUGCCCGCGACAUUUGUGGCGGCGCGUCUGCAUUCGUCCAACAGUCUAGCAAUGCAUGGCAUGGGCGGCGGAGGUGGUGCUGGAGGUAGCGGUGGCAUUGGCGGUCUCGUUGGCGGCUCGUUAUCGAAUAAAGAAGCGCAUGUGAAAACAAAAGACAUCGAUGCCGUGGAAGGCAAAUCCGUCUCGUUGCCCUGUCCGAUUAGUGCGCCGCUGAGUGACGUUUACAUGGUCUUAUGGUUCCGCGAUAAUGCUGGUAUACCGUUGUACAGCUUUGAUGUGCGCGAUAAAGUGAAUAACGACCAACCGCGCCAUUGGUCAGCGCCGGAGGUGUUCGGUUCUCGUGCCAAAUUUCACAUCGACUCGCAGCCGGCAACGCUGGAAAUUAAGGACAUCAAACGUCAUGACCAAGGUGUCUAUCGUUGUCGCAUAGACUUCCGUACAAGUCAAACGCAAAGCUUCCGUUUCAACCUCACAGUCAUAAUACUUCCCGAACAACCAAUCAUACUGGAUCGUUGGGGACGACAGCUGAAUGGCUCGCUGCUUGGGCCAAAGCAGGAAGGAGAUGACAUUGUUAUCACGUGUCGUGUGGUGGGAGGCCGCCCACAACCUCAAGUACGCUGGCUCGUAAAUGGACUACUUGUCGACAAUCAAUACGAACACAAUUCCGGCGAUGUUAUCGAGAAUAGGCUACUUUGGCCAUCGGUUCAACGUACUGAUUUAAAUUCCGUUUUUACUUGUCAAGCAUUGAAUACACAAUUAGAUAAGCCUAAGGAGAAAAGCUUUUUACUGGAUAUGCAUUUGAAACCGCUGACGGUGAAAAUAAUUGAGCCGCCCAACUCGAUGGUGGCGGAUCGUCGCUACGAAGUCAUAUGCGAAUCAACCGGUUCACGUCCGAACGCCAUCAUCACCUGGUACAAGGGAAAGCGGCAGUUGCGGCGCACAAAGGAUGAUAUCUCAAAGAAUGUUACACGCUCGGAAUUGAGUUUUGUGCCCACCACAGAUGAUGAUGGCAAAUCUAUAACUUGUCGCGCUGAGAAUCCCAAUGUUAAUGGACUCUACUUGGAGACAAUGUGGAAGUUGAAUGUCGUAUAUCCGCCUUUGGUAACGCUGCGACUGGGGUCUACACUCACACCCGACGAUAUAAAGGAAGGAGAUGAUGUAUAUUUUGAGUGUCACGUACAAUCGAAUCCUCAAUGGCGGAAGCUCUUGUGGUUACAUAAUAACAUUCACCUCGAACACAACACCUCGGCGCGCGUCAUUCGCUCCAAUCAGAGUUUGGUGCUACAAAAAAUUACUAAACACUAUGCAGGAAAUUAUGCUUGCAGCGCCAUCAACGACGAGGGUGAAACUGUCAGCAACCAGCUACCGCUGCGUGUAAAAUAUACGCCUGUCUGUAAGCAUUUGGAUCGUGUCAUACUAAUUGGCGCCUCAAAGGAUGAAACAGUCGAAGUCACGUGUGAAAUACAGGCUGAUCCACCACCCAGGACUUUUCGUUGGAAAUUCAAUAAUUCAGGCGAGACUUUGGACGUUGGCAGUGAACGUUUUAGUGUAAACGACAGCAGAAGUAUUCUUAAAUAUACACCGGUAUCUGACCAGGAUUACGGCACUUUAUCAUGCUGGGCUUCUAAUGAAGUUGGAACACAAAGUCAACCUUGCAUGUUUCAAGUUGUGCUAGCUGCCCUUCCCAACAUCGUCACAAAUUGCUCCAUUGCAAAUCGCACUGAAGUGAGUGUCGACAUACAAUGCAUCCCCGGCUAUGACGGUGGACUGCCACAGAUUUUUGUUCUCGAGAUAUUUUCUGCACGCACAGGACUUACAAGAUUCAACUUGACAAACGUUGAGGAACCCCUUUUUUCGCUGGAAAAUCUUGACACAUUGACAUCUAUGAUGACACAGGAAAACAACUCAUUGAAAUUGCGCAUUUAUGCUUACAAUCCGAAGGGCCGCAGCCCUUUGUAUCUGUUGCCGGAUUUCAUUAUUGGCUCGUCAGCAUACAAAACAGAAGAUGAAGUAUCCAUUACGCUUUCGCCGGUGCUGGUUGGCAGCGGUCUGACUGUUGUCAUCAUUAGUUUGGCCAUCAUAGUGCGCAUAUUCAUCGUUACAUUUUUGCAUAAUUUGCGACGCAAUCAGCAGCAUGGCAGCAAACCGAUAGCGACCGGUGUGGUGGCGCAAUCUGGCGAUGUGCUGAAGAAGUGCGCUGGCAUGGAGAAACCGCGCUGGCAGCAUACGGACAUUAAAACUAAAUCAUCCGAAGAUUUGGUCGAAGAUGAACGAGAUCCGGAUGUCAUACCAUCACAAUAUGUCACCGCUGGCAAUAGUAACAGCGUUUGUGGCGGUGGUGGUAGUGCCAGCAACGGAGGAAAUGGCAACGGCAGUGGUGGCGGAAGUGGCAACGCUGGCAGCUCAGAGCUUCACUUCACGCCAAUAGCAGCCACAAAGUGGUCACCAAAUUCCAAACAUCUUCCCUCAGCCGCGUAUGACAACGUCAUACAGCUCGUCGCUGCUAAUCAAAUCAGCGCACGUACACAACUACUAUCGGGCUCGACGACAGACCCAACCGCCAGCAGCAGUAGCACCAUAGUUAGUGCAGUGGACAGUGGCUUACUGCAUCACCAUCAUAGCAGCGUAGGCAGCACAAAGGCAUCGGUAAGUGGUGCUUCAACGGCUGUCACGGCGACAGCUUCAACGAAUGGCCUAAGUGAGGCUCUAAUCGGUUCGCCCACCUCCUUGUACAAUGCCUCAACAUCAGUCGCCCACCUGCAGCAGCAAUUGCACGGUGGCCCUGGCGGUGGUGGCGGGACGUUACCACCCGGUUUGGGGAGUGGCAGCGGCUAUAUACUUAGCAGUCUCAUCAACAGUAAUGAGAGUUGUAACACCAACGGCAGCAAUAGUGGACUGCAUCAAAAUGUUGGUCGUGCCACAAUACUGCAACUCCAGCAACAACAACAACAGCAGCAGUUGCAACAUCAUCCGCUGCCUUUGCCACAUCCACUGGCAUACAAUACGCUGGCCGGCACAACGGGCGUGAAUGCGGGUGGACGGCAUCAUCACAGCGUCGUGCCAUCGAUGCUCCUCACCUCACAGACGUCGGCGUCUCUGAGUGGGAUCGGACUGCUACUGAAUGCCAGCAAUAAUAAUAGCAGUAGUGGUGGUGCCAGCGGCUUAGGGCUGGGCAUGACCGGUGCAGCAUCAGCAUCUGCGGCCUCGACAGCAACGACGUCGUGCAAUUCGUCCACGGAUCUGGAUGACAACAUAAAUAUCAAUGCCAUCAAGGAUUGCUUAAUGACACAGCGUGUGCCCGAAAGCUGCGUCUGAGCUGGCAAUUUAUGCAGUGAACAGACAAAGGCGACAAGCAAGCGCUAUAAAGUAAAGAUAGAAAUGGAUGUAGCGUGGAGUGCCGUCAAGUGGUAUGUAUUCGUACUUGUAUAAAUACAUAAUUGAGAGGGAAAGAGUGGAGUGAAACGGUGUUGAGUGCGGCGAAAAAAGUAAAAAGAAGUGAAGCGAAAUAAAAGAAAAGUGCAUGAGAACUGUAAUAAAUAUUUAAAAGAGCCGCAUGCACUCGAAGGCAGAUACAUAUAAGUGAAAGAAUGUAGUAGUAAAAUCUGGUGAACUAUGAAGCUAUGAGUAUAUUAGUUGAAUAUCUCAAGAGUGGUAUUUUCACUGUACGUCCUUAACAAAAUGUGGUAGAAUUAAGCGCAAAUUAGAUUGAUGAGAGUAAAAUAUUUACGGGUAAUUAGCGCAAACUUUCAGUGGCAAUUACCAACAAUGUUUUUUCUGAAUUGAGUGAAAGAGAGUUCUUAAAAAUCCAGUACUUAGUAUUAGGUGCGCUAAACUAUAAUCUUUUCCAUUCUUGACUCGCUGCGGGAAUUACGAAUGAAAUAAUUUUUACUAAAUUUUCGCAAAGCCUCCAUAGCGAAAUUGUUGCAAUUCUCAAAAAAAAAAAAAAGGUUUUUAAUUUUAAGUGAUUAAGUGAUUGUCGCGAUGUAACCUAAGGUCACGUGAGCCGAAUGGUAUUUUCGUUACAAAGGAAUUUUAAGCUUAAUUUCUUUAAAAUUGCUGGACUUUGCUUUUGCUUUCAUUUUGAAAGAUUUUCUUAGUGGAAUGAUUUGAGUGUUCGGAACAGUUGCUUUUCACAUUUAAACUUUAAUUGUAAUAAAAGUUAAAUUAAUCUGUAGCUCAUUUCUGUAACAAUUUUUCACCAAGGCGAAUUCAUAUAUGAAUUCGACGCUUUGUUGUCUGUUUAUGAGAGAAAUAAUUGGUAGAGAGGAUUUACAGAAUCGAACUACUGGAACGAGUGAGAUUUUCGAAACAAAUAAACUUUAUUUUAAUUUGAGAGAACUUUACAGAAAAAUUUUUAAGUAGUAUAUUAAAAAAUUGGAGAGGUAACUUUUACUUAAAUUUUGUCUUGUAUUUUCUGUGAGACGAUUAGAAAUUUCGAAACAGUUGAUUUUUAAUUCUUCUGUCUUUGUUUAAUGUGUAAUGUUUAGUCAAUUAAGAGGCAAAGAGAAUAAGUAAACAGCAAGUAGAACGAAAAAAAUUCUCGCAAUAAAUGUACUUUAUUGUUCUAUUACGCUAACAUACAUAUCGUUACCCUAAUUCACAAAGGCUCUAACCAACAAAUUUUAUAAUUUCCAGGAGAAGCAAAAAACAUUACAAAUAGCAUAUGACAAACAGGUAGGGUGUUUUAAAAAGGGGCACUCCGUUGUUUUUGAUACUAAACCUUUAAAAUUUUAAGUAUAUCCUAGCAAAAUCUGUGAAAAACGCAGUUUCGAAAAAAGUGUUGGUAGGGCCUUUAUGUAUUAAGGGAACGAUAUGUAUGUAGCUACAAUUUCUUUUUUGGUGUUCCAAUUAUUAUUAUACAUAGAAUAAUAUUGCUUAGCUAUCAACACAAUAUUUAAUUUUUACUUAAAUUUUGCAAUAUAUUUUAAGUGGAACGACUGGAAUUUUCGAAACAGUUACUUUUUUCUGACUGUGAACUACGGAAAUUCAAAAUCCAAAGAAAAUAACACGUGGAACGAAUGAAAUUUUCGAAACAAAUUUACUUUAUGGUUCUAUUACGCUAACACACAUAUCGUUACGUUGAUUCACAAAGGCCCUAACCAACAAAUUUAAAAUUUUACAGGAGAAGCAAAAGCAGUAUAAAAACAUAUGAGGUACUGAAGGUAUAUUUUAAUAUAUUGCAUCAAACUCUGUGAUAAACGCAGUUUCGAAAAAAGUGUUGGUUAGGGCCUAUUAUGAAUUAAGGUAACGAUAUGUAUGUAGAAUCAAUUUCUUUUCUGGUGUUCCAAUUAUUGAUAUAUAUAGCAUAUUGCCUAGCUAUCAACGCAAUAUUUAAUUUUUACUUAAAGUUUACAAGAUCCUUUAAGUGGAACGAUUGAAAUUUUUGAAACACUUACUUUUUUCUGUCUGUGAACUAUAAAAUGCUUAUUCAUUCAGAAUCCAAAGAAAAUAACACGUGGAACGAAUGGACUUUUCGAAACAAAUGUACUUUAUUGCUUUAUUUCGCAGAUAUGGCGGCAAUUUUUCCUCUGAUAUUCCAAUUUUCAAUGUAUAUGUAUGAAUAAUACUGCCUAGCAUAUCAAAACGGAAAAAUAAUCUAUAAAAAAAAAAUAUAACUCAGACUACAGCAUGCAUUGUAAAAGUUGUAAAUAUGAUAACUGCUAUUAUGCUAAGGCGUGUAAAAUAAACUAAUAGAAAACACUGUGCCACAUAAUUAAUUAGAAAAAUAUUUAUUUCUAGUUCUAUGUAAGCAACACAUUUUUACUCCAUUUGAGAUGUAUUUAUGUAAUUAACUAUGUCCGGAAACAAUUAUUUAGAUUGAAUCCAAAGUAUUUUAUUUAAAUUUAUACUUAUAAAAUUGUACAUAUAUAUAUUGUACAUAUUGUACGAUAUACUUUAAGUUUUAAAAAUAUGUAAUUAAAAAUGCGUAUAAUAAUUUGCCUGUCCCAUAUCUAUAAAACAUAUUCUAUUUCGUGUUCCUAACAUAUCAGUUCACAUAGGGAGCUUAAAUUUUAUAUUUAAGCUCCAGCUGAAUUAGACAUAGCUGUUAUCUUAAAUGGCUAAUAUAUUUUUUAUAUAAGUCAAGAAACAAGUUCAACAACAAAAAAAACCCGCAGUGGGGUUCUGAUAAGCGCUUCGCUAAUUUUCCAUCGCUGAAAAUCUUAAAUGAAUAAUAGAUACGCCUAAAAUUUAGCAACAUGAAAUUUUAAUCAUGAGGAGCGGGUAGGUUUUAUUUCUUUGGAGAAAUGUUUGAUAAUAGAAACUGCCAACUUUCCCCAAGCCUAUGAUAAGAUUCACCGCAUGACAAUUUUUUAAAUACUGCGCCUAAAGCUAUGCCGCAAAAAUUUAAUUUUAAGGCGACUAAUGAUGAAACUAAUUUUAUCUUCUCCGUUGUAGUUUAAGUCGCAGAGCUAAAAAAUUCUUACGCGUUGCAUUUUGGCUGCUUUGGCAUGUUAUGUAUCAUAUACUUAAGUUAACAGACAAUCAAUUUAUACAACAGUUUGUCAAUUCAAAGGUACGUAUGCCGAAGCUUUCUCUAAGCCACUUACAUACAAGCUGCUGGCACACCCCAAUAAACAUUUUUGUUAAAUCUCAAUUUGAGAUUCAUUUGAGAAUCAGUCCUUUUCUCAAAUCUCAAAGGUUAAUACUCAAAUGCAUCUCACAUAACCGUUGGUAGCGUUCUCAAACUAAAAGGCACUUUUUAAUAUGAAAUUUGCCUUUAUAUUCAAUUUGAGAAAAGUUCAGUUCUCAACUUUUUCUCAAACGUGAAUGGAGCGAAACGAAAUGAAAUCUCAUUGAAAUAUUUGUAUAUAGUCUGUUCCAAUAGCAGUCCAGUAUACAGGAUUUAGUCAGAACUUACAGGAAGUCAUUCCUAUUGAUAUCAAAUCUGUAAGUGGGAACACUUUUGAGCGAGUAACUGGGCAACUGUUCUAGUCCUAGUCCGAAGUUACAGGAUUUAGUCCGGAGUUUUUUUUCCUGUAAGUUCAUGAAAAGUGUCA